GACAAAUCUAUCCCGUGGAUGUAAGCUUGGAUAGGAAAUCUUGAUUCUGAUCAGGAAGUAGAUAUUGCGGCAGGCAUGGUGGUCACCUCUCUAUUUGUAAACCUUGUAAACUCAGGCUCACAACGAUGAAUAAACGCCGUCGAACUUCGUCCGUUGCGAGUCGUGGUACUGAGGAUGAUCCCGACGACGUACAACCGGAACCAACGAAACGACGACGAAAAUUAGAUCCGAGUGAUCUUUGCCAGCAGCUAUAUGAUGUUCUUCGUAAUCAAAAAAGAGAAGAUGGAACACUGUUGUGUGAUGCUUUUAUUCGCGUACCAAAACGCAGACAGGAACCUGGUUAUUACGAAGUUGUUACAAAUCCCAUUGAUUUGUUGAAAGUUCAGCAAAAGCUCAAAACCGAUGAAUAUCGAGAUAUGGAUGAUUUGGCAGCUGACAUUCAACUUAUGGUUAAUAACGCUAAAGCUUUUUACAUGCGGACUUCUCCAGAGUACAAAGAUGCAACGGAAUUGUGGGAAUUAUGUCUGAAUACUAAAAAUCGGAUAAUGGAAGAAUAUGAGGAUUCUGAACCAAAGGGGAAAAUAAUUCUUAAGGUUGGCAGACUGGCACGGAAAGUAACAACUCGUCAGGAUGACGCUGAGGACACUUCUGAAAGCUCUACCAACCCUGAUGAAGAGUCUAUGCAACCAUACGAGGAUUUGUUCGCUGCGGUCAUGGCUGCAACAAAUCCACAAGACAAUAACAGACCACUACAUAUUCCAUUUCAAUUGAAACCUUCCAAGAAACUGUACCCUGAGUAUUAUGAGAUAAUUGAGAAUCCAGUGGAUUUGAAGACAAUUGCACGCCGGAUUCAAGAAGGAGCAUAUGCUGGACUGAUUGAAAUGGAAAGAGAUCUCAUGCUCAUGUGUCGCAAUGCUUGUCAGUUUAACGAACCAGGUUCUCAAAUAUACAAGGAUGCUAAAAUGUUGAAAAAGAUAAUCGUUUCUGCAGCUAAAAAACAGGAAUCUAGCGCUACUGGUAUGGUACCAAAGCUCACUUCUACUGCAACUUCUACUAGAAGUAAAAGAGGAAGAAGUGCUGGCCAGUCCCUUGUAGCAGUGACUGCUGCACUUGCAGAUGAAGAUGAAGAUGAAAGUGACGACGAAGAGGAGGAAGCUAAUGACGGAGAAGAGUCUGACAAUCCACAGUGGCAGUUAUUUCAGACCAUAAAAACUGCCCCAAACAGUCAAGGCGUCCGGAUGAGUGAAUACUAUUGGAAAUUACCAUCUAAACGAUUAUAUCCUGAUUAUUACAAAGCAAUAAAAAAUCCAAUAUCACUAUAUCAAAUACGGACUAAAAUAAAGAAGGGGGAAUAUGGCACUGUCAGUGAGGUUGCAGGUGAUAUGAAUAUCAUGUUUGAAAAUGCUAAAAAGUAUAACGUCCAUACGUCUCGUUUGUACAAGUGUGCCGCCAAGUUACAGAAAAUUAUGCAAGAGAAGGUACAGGAACUUCUUGAAUUUGAUCAGGAUUCAGAAUCAGACAGUGAUUCAGAGAAUAACUUGCAGCAACCCAAACUGAUUAAGCGUGCAUCAAAUGUUUUGACUCGGGGAAAAUAUAAGGACAAUGUGCCAUUAAAAAAGAGACUGCAUGUUCUUGUAAAGUGUGUGAUGGAAUACGUUUGUGAAGAUGGUAGGCAGCCUAUGCUUAUGUUUAUGGAAAAACCAUCAAAAAAAUUAUAUCCAGAUUAUUAUCAAAUUAUUCAGGAGCCCAUUGAUAUGUUGGGUAUUGAAGCAAAUAUCAAGGCUGAAAAGUAUCAGAAUGAAAACGAAUUAAUUGCGGAUUUCAAGUUGAUGUUUAAUAAUUGCCGCCAAUAUAAUGAAGAAGGGUCUCUUAUAUAUGAAGAUGCAAAUGUAUUGGAAAAGGUUUUGAUGGAUAAAGUAAAAGAGCUGGGACCCUUACCAGAAUUGGUUAAACCAGUGAAAUCUGCAGCAUCUACACCGACAAGGAAUGUAGGAAGGCCAAAGAAAGUUGUACCGUUGCAUGUGCAAAAAUUACGAACAAUGUACGAUACAAUAAAAGACUAUCACGAUGCUAAGGGCAGACAGUUGUCCCAAAUAUUCAUGAAACUUCCAAAUAAAAAUGAGUAUCCUGAUUACUAUGAAGUUAUCAAACAACCAAUGAACAUGGAAAAGAUUGCCUCAUCUUUAAAAAAUAAUGGAUAUGAUAAUCUGGAUGACUUAGUAUCAGAUUUCAUUCUCAUGUUUGACAAUGCUUGCAAGUAUAAUGAACCGGACUCUCAGAUUUACAAGGAUGCACUGAUUCUACAGCGAUUAGUGCUCCAAACUAAAGUACAGCUGAGUGAAGAUGAUGAAAGUGUUCCUGAUGUAGCAGCUGCUGUCCAAGAAAUAUUAGCCACUAUAUUCACAGCAUUAUAUAACCACCAGGAUGAAGAAGGCCGAUGCUAUUCGGAUUCAAUGGCUGAACUCCCUGAGCAUGAUAUGGUUGAUGGAAAGAAGGUGAGAGGACUGUCUUUGGAUUUGAUAAAGCGUCGGUUGGAUAGAGGAGUUUACAAACGAUUGGAUAGAUUUCAAGAAGAUGUCUUUUCGUGUUUGGAGAGAGCGCGGAGACUAUCCCGUAGCGAUUCUCAGCCUUUCGAGGAUAGUGUAGAGCUCCAAGCAUUUUUCCUGCGAACACGGGAUGACGUUACUCGCAGCGGAGAUCUCUUGCACUCACCAGCUCUUAACUAUACGCUUUUAGAUCUCUCUGCUCAAGUUGCUGACUUGAAACGUACCAAACUCCAACAGGAGUUAGCGCUACCGCAAGAAGAAGAGAGCUGCGAUGCUGUUGAUGUCAAGGAUGUCGGUAAUGCUAGCAGUGUUGGUGGUAAUAGCAUUGGCGAUGGAGGUGCAACUAUGAGUUUCAACCAGGAAGUUUACAGAGCUGGUGAUUUUGCGUAUGUAGAGCCCACAGAGCGAGGCAUGGAAUUGAGUGUUAUACGGAUAGAACGUCUAUGGACUAAUGCAGAGGGUCAACAAAUGUUGUAUGGAAAUAUAUUUUAUCGACCAAGUGAAACGUACCAUGUUGCCUCAAGGAAAUUCAUAGAGAAAGAGUUAUUCAAAAGUGAUUCCCACCUUGCAGUACCAUUAUCCAAAGUUGCAGGACGAUGCUGUGUCUUGAGUGUAAAAGAUUAUUUUAGAAUGCGGCCUGAAGGUUUCCCUGAAAAAGAUGUGUACGUAUGCGAAUCACGGUAUUCCACAAAGGCGCGAGCAUUUAAAAAAAUCAAGGUGUGGAACUUUGAUCCGGAUCAUCUGAAAUUAGUUCCUAGGGAAAGACCUUUAGAGCCUAAACGUGUCGUUUCUGUGUACAAAGAACGUCUUGAAAAACAUAAAGAAGAAAUAGCAGAACUCGAAGAAGGCGAGAAGCUAAUUGAAAAAGAAAAACCGAAUGUGAUAACGUUCAAUCCAGACGACACAGAAAAUACAUAUUAUGAACAGUAUAAUACUUGCGUGGGACCUAUCAAAACGGGUGACUUUGUUUAUGUGGCAACGGAUGGAGGUAGACAGCAAAUCUCACAAGUCGAUGCUCUAUGGUCGACAAAAGAUGGAAAGUGUUUUUUCAAAGGUCCAUGGCUUUUAAUGCCGUCAGAAAUUCCGCAUGCUCCUACAAAAUUAUUUUACAAACAAGAAUUGUUCCUAUCUACCGUGGAUGGAACACAUCCGAUAGUUGCGAUCGUUGGCAAAUGUGCUGUACUUGAUUACGGGGAAUAUGUAUGUAGUAGACCAACAGAAAUUCCAGAAGAUGACGUUUUUAUAUGUGAAUCUACAUAUGAUGAAGUGAAAAAUUUAAUGAGAAAGCUUGGCCCAGAAGGAUUGAAGAAAUUCAAUCAUAGUUCAGUAGUGACGGACGACGAAAUCUAUUUCUUUCGGAGGCCAAUUAAUCCACCUAAAGUGCCAAGUGAGGUGGCUCAGGCUCAAAUCCAAGUCAAGGCAGUUAUACCUGCCACAGCUCAUUUUGAAAUGGAAGCAUCACCAUUACUGCCGAAACUGGAGUCCGAUGUAUUAAACAUGGGAGUCGGAUUAGGAGUUGGAAUAGGAGUUGGUGUAGGAGUUGGGGAGGACAGCAUGGAUGCCGGCGGACCGCCGUCCGUUGGCUCUGCUGAAGCUCAACCGAUCCUUACAAACGUUCAGACACCUGUUUCUGCAAAAAAGAAAGCCACUGGUAAGAAAUUAGUUACGGGCUAUAUUUUGUAUUCGAGUAAAAUGCGAACGCAGAUUACACAAAACAAUCCCGAAUCGUCGUUUGGGGAGAUUAGCAGAAUUGUUGGCAACGAGUGGAGGAAGCUGCCUGCUGGAGAGAAGCAGGCAUGGGAAGAACGAGCAAUCAAAAUGAACGAAGAUGGAGGACAAACUGGUAGCAAACCAGUCACUAUCGUAGGGGUCGGUCAACAGCCUGACCAGGUUUUUGAAUGUUGCUGGGAUGGAUGUGACUGGCAAUUUGAAGACAUGACUGACUGCAUUGAUCACUGUAUCGCUGAACAAAAUGGUCAUGUGCAGGCAUCUUUUGCAAAUGCUAGUGCUGAUGUUGAGUUUCAAUGCCAGUGGCGUGGAUGUGGCAGGACAAAAAAAUCUGUGCCUCCAUUCCCAAGUGUACAGCGACUUGCAAGGCACGUCAAAGAAGUUCACAUUCUUAAAAGCAAUGGACGAGUUGUUCCUCCGGCAGAAAGGAGCAAAAACUAUAUGGCUUCCAAGGGUCCAACAAUACUUCCGCCAAUGGAAACUGAAACCUUAGCAGCUGCAACACAAACAAGUGUUAUCCCUACUGUUAAACAGCCAGAACCAGUAUUUAUUACGGUACCACCCCGACCAAGCCGCGUGUUGCAUUCUGACGCUUAUUUGAGAUAUAUCGAAGGUCUGAACACUGAAAAUCGUUAUAUAUCAAAUUGGGAUAAGCAAAUGAACGCCAAUGCCGAAAACACACAAAUUCCAGAUGUUGCCAAGUUGCCCGCAGAGUGGCUAGGUAACGGUGUAGGUAAUCACGGGAAUGUUGUCAAUGCCUUAUGGACACUCAGAGAUAUGAUGAUGCGCGACGUACUGGCCAUUAACAAAUCGUUAUAGUUCAUACAUCAAUACAUCAACAUAUAAUACUGCCCAAUGAUUAUGUACUGAAACACAAAUGACUAUUUUCAUGCCUGUCAACACUAGAUGCUAAUAAACUAAUAUCCAUAAUAGCUAAUUAUCAGUAUAGCCAAGUGCCAAAUCACAAGGUCUUAGCAUUGAAAAAUUUUGUAAGUAAUUUAUUGUUCAACCAAUAGGUAUGUUUUUCAAUUACAAUUAUGUCUUUUUAUGUCACUGUAUAAAUGCUGACCAAACUUGGACAAUUUUAUUUGUAUGCUGGAGGAAAAGAAUAUCGACUUGGCACUCACAUACAAUUUUCAAAUUUGAAUAUACGUUAACAGAAAAACGUAGAAGGGGCUAUACUUUUUACGGCAUGAAUUAUUUAAUUCGGAAGUUGAUUCAUCUAACGUUGACAGGUGUCACCAUAUGAAGUAGCAGUAGAAUUAUAAGUCGUUUGUCACAAGUACUAUAAUGUAGGUACAUACAUAGAUACAAUUAAACCUACGAUUGGCAGUGACUUUUUUAUAUCAAAGAUUGAGAUUGUUAUUUGUACUUGAACUUUGGAUAUACAUUUAUAUGUAUCAAUCAAAUAAUACUUCGAACAAAUAAUAUCUAAAUCUUAACUCCUCAUCUCAAAAAUCGGAUACUCGACCUCCGUUUUGCCAAUCACCCCAUUUUGUUGGAUCCUUCUCGGCAUCACUAAUUACCUCUCCAGUGCUUGGAUUUGUUUUUACAAGCAUGAGGUCAAUGAAUCUCAUGCCUGGGGAUACUCCUGCAGAAUGACAUUUUUUUCUGUUAUGACAGAGCUUUUUUACAUUAUAUGAAAAUUUUAUUAAAAAUUGAUUCUUAUUUACAGUAUCUAUAACAUUAUAUCAUGAUUGUUGUUAAUUUUUUAACACAGGAACUAAACUUUGAACCGACAUUAGAUUCAACGUGAUAUAAUAUAAAGGACAUUGAAGUCGUAUGUUUUUCAAUUCGACCAAUAAAUUUUGUAUCAUUAAUUAGUGUAAGAUCACCGUUUGUGGAAGUUUUAACUAUGAACUUCAUCCUCAUUUAAUUAUUUACUGUUGCAGUUGACUUACUAUCUGUGCUGGAUAAUAUUUAUCGAAAAUAAUCCAUUACAAUAAAUCACUAUUUUUAAAUUCAAAUUUUAGAAUUAUUACUAUUGAAAUUAUCAGUAUGUAAUUACGUAUUUCAUAGAAACCUAGUCCAUAUCGUACUUGGAAUUGGCUCCAACUUGAGCUUUUUACGAAAUGCUUGCAUGCGCUCGGAUGGCACAACCUUGCUGUUUCGAUUUUCUUUAUCCGAUGGAGAAAUUCCCACAGUCAUGUUUAUUCUGCCUAAUUGUAAGUGAUUAUUAUUCGUUAUUAUCAACAUGAUUUACAAAAAUUGAUGAUGCUCAGCCUUCAAACACAGAGUAAAAUUUUAGUCAUUAGCAUUUAUUUACAUUGAGUCGAAAAAAAUAUAUUUUACAAUUUUGUAUUACAGUUAUCGCAAUUUUUUUGAUAACUCAUAAUUAAAUGUUCUUAGUGGUCACCGCAUCAAUAUAAUGACAUGCCAAUUUACUUUUGCUAAUGCUUCUAACUUGUUGCCAUACAGCUGCUCUACUGAAAUUCAUUCUUGUAGGCAGCAUAUUAAAUUG